AUGUUCAAGUUUAAAUCCUCUAGUGGCACUGCUUCUUCAGCAGACAGCACAAAGUCAAUCUCUACAGACCUCGGACCAGUAACUUAUGAACCUAUCUUAAGUCUACCUGCCAACUAUGAGCCUAUCUUGAACACACCACUUGACGAGGAACAAAAGCAAAAGAUCAAAGAUUUAUUGGCUUAUAUGGAUACCAUUAUGCUCUCAAGUGACGAUCCUUAUUAUCCUAGUGAAAAGGGAUUCUUGUCUGAAGCAACCGCUCAUCGAUACAUGAGAGCCAGAAAAUGGGAUUUUGAGGCAGCCAAGACUAUGCUAGAGAAGACAGUGAAAUGGAGAAGAGAAUUCAAGCCAGAUCAAUUGGAUCCUGAUUUUAUUCGUCCUGAAGCCGAAACGGGCAAGAUGUACUUUAGUGGUUAUGACAAGAACGGUCGGCCUUUAUGGAUUAUGAAGCCUCGUAAUGAAAAUUCAAAGGAUUCAGACAGACAAGUCAAGCAUAUUGUAUUUUGUCUGGAAAGAGCUAUUCGCUUAAUGCCAGAUAAUGUAGAAAAAAUUUCCAUUGUUACAGACUUUAAGGGCUCUUCCAUGUCUAGUAAUCCUAGUGUCAACACAUCUAAAAAGUUUUUGGAAAUUUUGAGUAACCAUUACCCUGAAAGACUCGGUGUCGCCUUUUUGGUGAACUGCAAGUAG